GGGGGUGGGCGGCGUUGGCGCGGUGGCGGGCAUGGGGGGUUCCCCCGGGCGCCUGGUGGGCAUGACGGCCAUGCCCCAGCAGCACUACAACACCCUGGGCGCCGGGCUGCCCCCGCGCUCCGCACUGCACGACCCCACCGACCCCUACGCCGCCACGCAGCCCUACGACAUCUACGAGCGCAUGGUGGCCAGGCCCGACAGCCUCUCAGCAGGCCUGCGGAACUCCUAUGCCAGUCAGCACAGCCAGAUGGGGCAGGACCUGCGGUCAGCCAUGUCGCCUGACCGCCACAUCACGCCCAUCUACGAGGACCGCACCUUCCAGAGCCCCCUCUACCGCAGCCCCAACCACGCAGGCAUGGAGCUGGGCCACGCCCCGCACAGCGCCCUCUACAGGACCUCCUCAGGUGUGGGAACCCUGCAGCGGAGCUCGAGCCAGCGGAGCGCCCUGACGUACCAAAGAAGCAACUACGCCCUGAACUCGGCCGCCACCUACGCCGACCCCUACCGGGCCUCGCAGUACCGGCAGGCCGGAGCGGCCGACGACAACACGCGCUCCCCCUCCAUCGACAGCAUCCAGAAGGACCCCAGGGAGUUUGCGUGGCGCGACCCAGAGCUGCCGGAGGUGAUCCACAUGCUGCAGCACCAGUUCCCCUCGGUGCAGGCCAACGCCGCCGCCUACCUGCAGCACCUGUGCUACGGAGAUAACCGCAUCAAGUCCGAGGUGUGUCGGCUGGGCGGCAUCAAGCACCUGGUGGAUCUGCUGGACCACAAGGUGCUGGAGGUGCAGCGGAACGCGUGCGGCGCGCUGAGGAACCUGGUGUACGGCAAGGCCACCGACGACAACAAGGUGGCCGUCAGGAACGCCGGCGGCAUCCCGGCCCUGCUGCGCCUGCUGAGGAAGACCGUGGACGCAGAGGCCAGGGAGGUGGUCACAGGGGUGUUGUGGAACCUGUCCUCGUGCGACGCGGUGAAGAUGACAAUCAUCCGGGACGCCUUAACCACUCUGACCAACACUGUGAUCAUCCCGCACUCCGGCUGGAGCAGCUCCUCGUUCGACGACGACCACAAGCUCAAGUUCCACUCCUCCCUGGUGCUGCGCAACUCCACCGGCUGCCUGAGGAAUCUUAGCUCGGCUGGGGAGGAGGCCAGAAAACAGUUGCGUGGCUGUGAAGGGCUCGUCGACUCCCUGCUGUACGUCAUCAAGGCCUGUGUUAGCACCUCCGACUUUGACAGCAAGAUUGUGGAGAACUGUAUUUGCACUCUGAGGAACCUUUCGUACCGGCUGGAGAUGGAGAUCGCCCCAUCGCGAUUGGUCGGCACUCAGGAGCUGGACGGCCUGUUGGGGUCUGAAUCACCCAGUAAAGAGGUGGACUACGGCUGCUGGGGGCGCAAGAAGAAGAAAAAGAAGAAAGACUCGCAGGAAGACCAGUGGGACGGCGUGGGCCCCAUCCCUGGCUUCUCCAAGUCUCCCAAAGGGGCGGAGAUGCUGUGGCACCCGGCGGUGGUCAAGCCCUACCUCACCCUGCUGGCCGAGAGCUCCAACCCGGCCACGCUGGAGGGUGCCGCGGGGUCACUACAGAACCUGUCGGCGGGCAACUGGAAGUUUGCGGCGUACAUCCGUGCGGCGGUGCGUAAGGAGAAGGGCCUGCCCAUCCUGGUGGAGCUGCUGCGGAUGGACAAUGACCGGGUGGUGUGCUCCGUGGCCACCGCCCUGAGGAACAUGGCUCUGGACGUCAGGAACAAGGAGCUGAUUGGGAAGUAUGCCAUGAGGGACCUUGUCAACCGGCUCCCAGGGGGCAACACCACCCAGCUGUCGGACGAGACGGUGGCGGCCAUUUGCUGCACUCUCCACGAGGUCACCAGCAAGAACAUGGAGAACGCCAAGGCCCUGGCCGACACGGGGGGCAUCGAGAAGCUGGUGAACAUCACCAAAGGCCGGGGAGAGAGGUUCUCCAUGAAGGUGGUGAAGGCUGCAGCCCAGGUGCUGAACACGCUCUGGCAGUACAGAGACCUGCGCACCAUCUACAAGAAGGAUGGAUGGAACCAGAAUCACUUUGUCACCCCAGUGACGACGUUGGAGCGCGACCGCUUCAAGUCUCAGCCCACUUUACCAACCAGCAACCUGCAGAUGUCCCCAGUCCACCAGUCUGCGGGCAGUGCCACCUCCUCUCCUGCCAUGCUGGGCAUCAAAGAGCAGCGCUCCGACUACCAGAGGGCCCCGUCAACUAUGCAAUUUUAUAACUACCAAGGCGACAACAAUGUACAUAAAAACCAAUACACAGGGUCAGCGAAGUCUUCGCCAUAUUACAUUGGGUCCUACUCCUCACCGACGCGAGAGGAGCCCAGGAGAACACAGCCACAGUACUAUGGCGAUGAACCGGGCAGGAGGAACUAUGACACCUACCGAAUGUACCUGCAGUCGCCGCAGGGCUACGAGGAGCAGCGCUACCUGGAGGACAGUGCCGUGCGCUACUCCACGGCGGACUACGCGCCCCAGCCGCUCGGGCUCAAAGCCACCACUAACUAUGUGGACUUCUAUUCCACCACACGGAGGCCUUCUUACCGGGCAGAACAGUACCCGGGCUCCCCUGACUCCUGGGUAUAGACCGGAGGGAGGGAGAGUGCGAGGAAGAGAGAUUAUCAUAGAGGCACGGGACCUUUGCCAAGAGGCUCCAUGAACUCUUCCACAUGAACUUUUAUUUGCGUGUCAGUUUGUCUGGGUUUUUGUUUUUGUUUUUGUUUUGUUGUUGUUUUGUUGUCGUCGUCUCCUUUUUUUAUAUAUAAAACAAAGUUAAAGAUGAAUGUGGCGGUCGUUUCGGAUGAAAUCAAGAUGGAUGAAAUGGAAAGUGAGCCAAAGAAGGAAUUCAUGGAAUGUUUGUUGUUUCUGAUUUAAAAAAAAUGGAGAGUGAGAGAGAAGGAAGGAAGAAUCUUGCAGUGAGUGUGUCGGGACGAAGGGGCGAGGCUGCCAGGCACUAGUGUGUGUCACUGGCUCCCUGCACUGUGUAGGUGGUGUUUGUGUUUGCUUUUUUCUUUUGAAGACGUAGUUGUGAUAGCAUGGAGAAAGAGUGAGUAAUGUGAUGACUAAAAAAGGUUUGCGAUAGAGAAUCAGGUGGGGAAUGUGUAUGUAGGCCAAAAUCGAUCACCAACAUGUAUCUGUAAAAGAAAAAAAAAGAGAGAAAAGAAAUAAUAAUAAUCUAAUGUCAUUAGUUUGUACAGAGGGAACAAAUUGUAUUCGUACCUAUUGUUGAGAUUGUGAAUGCCACUGAGUCUUGUACAUUUCCAUCAUUGUAUUGUAAAUACAGAAAAAAAGGCCACCAAGUUUACGCUCAUCAGCACGGAUGUGUGCCAUGUUGAAUUGAAUAUAGAUGAAUAAAUAUAUGGAAUAUGAAGGGUGAUGGUGGGGGCAAAGUUGGCAUUGAAAACACUCUGGAGUAAUAAAAAAAAUCACUUUUGUUUUUUAAAUGAAUUGUGUAAUUUCAGACAUUUUUGUGACCUUGCAAAGAUAUAGUAUCUUUAUUUUUCCAUUACCUGUUCAGCACAGUUCAUGGGGUCGUUCACUGCCAUUGACUAUGCACAGCAGCAGAAAUAAAUGUCAAUGUUCAUUGGCCUGUGCAGAGA